AAAUCCAUGACACAAUUCGGCAAUACCGAUCCGACAUGGGAGCAACUUAACUCGAGUCUCCCGUACCUUGACGCAGUCGUACAUGAAACCCUACAAUUGCAUCCACCCGUAUCAGAGGCCAUAAGAGUGGCAAUGGAAGAUGACGUCCUUCCUCUCGCUACACCAGUAGUGACCAAAUCUGGAGAGACCGUUAAUAGCCUCUUCGUGGCAAAAGGAACGGUCCUCACCAUUCCCAUUCAGACACUGAACAUAUCCGAGGUGUUCUGGGGCACUGAUGCAAAGCAGUUUAGACCUGAGAGGUGGCUCGAGGACUUUACACUGCGAGCGAAGGAGAUCCAGGGUCAUCGACACCUGUUGACGUUCAUAGAUGGACCCAAGACGUGUCUCGGGAAGAUGUUCGCUUUGACUGAGUUCAAGGUAAGUAAAAUUCUCCAGAGGGAGAGUACACCUUUCUUUAUGCUGAGGAUCGGGUUCUUUAGGCGGUGCUCUUUGUGAUUGUACGGAACUUCGCAUUCGAAUUUCCUGGCGGA